UUUUUUAUCGGAUUGAUCUUCGUGAUAGAGAGUGGUUGACGGUGCUAAUUUUCUGAUUUUAAUAGUUUUAAUCGCAUGGAACGGGUUUAAUUGAACUGCGCUUGAUGAAUUUUGGCUGGGGUUUGUUCUACUGACUCUUGUUUCUGAGAAAUUAAAGGCUAGAUUGAUGCUAGAAAGCUAUGCUUUGUCUCUCACCAAAAUCUCGACGUUGAAAGGGGGGAAAACAAAAUUUGAAUUGCCGAAAUAGUUUGGAUCAUUAAUUGGAACAGAAACUAUGUGAAAAAUAGUCUUUUUUUUUAAAAAAAAAAAGAUCGGACAAAGCUCGAGUUGAAGUUACAAGGUCACUAAUUCAUGUAAUGAAAAGGUGAAAAGAGCAGUUUGUUUGAUUUUUUUUACGUUUUUUUUUUUAAAAAAUACUCAUCGUAUGGAAGCUAACAUAAAGUCAUUAUAUUUAAAUUGGUUUCACUAGAACUGUCACGCGAAAAAAGCUAUUUCUGUGUUUAUCAUAAGUAAAAACGAUAGGUGAAAAUUAUUAUCAAGUGAAUUUGGCCACUGCUUUGGACUGUGAAAAUUGGUGAAGAUUCAAAGAUUUCUUUGAGAAUAUAUAACAUUUCCAGAAUCUACUGGUUUCAUUGGAAUUAUCCAUUGGUUACUCGAGAAAUUUUUCCCUCUUUUAUAGUUAAUCUGGAUACUUAGGGAGGAGUUGCAGUGCUUUAGUAGAAUGAUGUGUGAUUGAUGCUACUAACACCUGAUUUAUCUACUUUUUAAACAGGUUUCAGGGUUUUGUGGUGUGCCCGCUGUACAUAUAUUUUUGGCCUCUUAAUUCGCACUAACAGAAAUUUGCUACUAUUUUUUGAAUAUUCUAGCAAGAGGACAACUUCUUGCUGCUAACAUAUUGGUUAUUCCAUUUCUGUAUUUCUCUCAACCAUGGCUGUUGGAGCUUCCCUGCAGUUGUUCCAUGACUUUGGUGUCAUCAAAAGAUUUGGACAGGCUAACCAACUUAAGACUUCAGAAAUGAAGAGUUGGCACCACUUAUCGAGUUUUUCCUUUUCUUCAUGUGCUUCACGACAAGAUGUUUGGAGUCUACAUGUUUCAGACAGGAUAAACAAGCCAAUGCUCUUGAUCCCUUAUAGAUACAAUGUUUUCAUUUCCCGGUCUUUUGCUAUGCCAAGCUCUGUACAUGAAUUCCCUCUUCUGAAAAGUACCACCUUGGCUUUGACAAGGUCAUAUAAUGCACUCCUUGCAAGCCCUUUUACUCCCCAGUUAGUCCCAGCAGUUGGAAUAAUUGCUUUUGCUGUCUGGGGUCUUGGACCAUUCAUGCGUUCCAUUAGAAGUCUGUUUCAUGUAUGUGUUUUAUGCUCAGAAUGACAAUAACUGGAAAAAGAGUAAAACAUAUCAUGUCUCUACCUCAUAUAUUCAACCACUUCUGCUUUGGGCUGGAGCAACACUCAUAUGCAGGGCACUUGAUCCAGUCGUUCUGCCAUCAGAAGCAAGCCAAGCAGUGAAGCAACGCCUUUUGAUCUUUGUGAGAUCAUUAUCUACUGUGCUGGCUUUUGCAUAUUGUCUAUCAAGCUUAAUUCAGCAAACACAGAAAUUCUUUAAGGAGACAAGUGGUUUUGAUGACACAAGAAAUAUGGGUUUUGAAUUUGCUGGUAAGGCUGUGUACACUGCAGUUUGGGUUGCUGCAUUUUCUUUAUUCAUGGAAUUGCUGGGGUUUUCUACCCAGAAAUGGAUUACUGCUGGAGGCCUGGGAACUGUCCUCCUGACUCUUGCUGGCCGCGAGAUAUUCACAAACUUCCUCUCGAGUAUAAUGAUCCAUGCAACACGUCCUUUUGUUAUGAAUGAAUGGAUUCAGACUAAGAUAGAGGGCUAUGAGGUUUCUGGUACCGUCGAGCAUGUGGGUUGGUGGUCUCCAACAAUUAUAAGAGGUGAUGAUCGUGAAGCAGUACAUAUUCCUAACCACAAAUUUACAGUAAAUGUUGUAAGAAAUCUCAGCCAGAAGACUCAUUGGCGUAUUAAGACCCAUCUUGCCAUCAGCCACUUGGAUGUUAGCAAAAUUAAUAAUAUAGUCGCAGAUAUGCGGAAAGUCUUGGCAAAAAAUCCUCAAAUAGAACAGCAGAGGUUGCAUAGAAGAGUGUUUCUAGAAAAUAUCAACCCUGAAAAUCAAGCUCUUUUGAUUCUCAUAUCAUGCUUUGUGAAGACAUCACAUUUUGAAGAGUAUCUCUGCGUCAAAGAAACGGUUUUGCUAGAUCUCCUCAGAGUCAUCAGUCAUCACCGGGCCAGGCUUGCCACUCCAAUUCGCACCGUGCAGAAAAUAUAUGGUGAUGCAGACAUGGAGAACAUUCCUUAUUCUGAGACCAUUGUUACCCGUUCUGCUGCUGCCACCAACCGCCCGUUCCUUCUUAUUGAGCCCUCACCAAGAAUCAAUGGUGAUGACAAAGCUAAGCCCCGUACAUCACGGACUAAUGGAGAACAAACUUCGAAAGCUACUUCUGCAUCAGGGCCCAAGGUCACUCCAUCGUCUGAAGGCACAAUCUUAAACAAUUCAGACAAACAGCUACAGAAGAAGAAAAGCUCAGGAGACACGCCUUCCAAGAGUAAUAAGGCUGAUCCUGCAACAGCACCAUCAUUGAGUUCACAGCUUGAAGGCUUGGACUCAGUAGGAUCGACCUUUAAAGCUGGUGGUGAGAAUCCUAUGUCCCCAGAGGCUGUUAGCGAGCAGGUGGAUGGUACCAGUCCAGUUCAUGCUAAAAAUGAAGGUGAAAGGGUGCCUACUACAACACCCCCAGUAGCCAGGCCUGCCUUUGAAGAUAACAUUGUCCUUGGUGUGGCUCUUGGGGGGUCAAAACAGACGCUUCCAAUUGAAGAAGGGAUGGGUCGAGCAGCUUCUUCAUCAGAGGCAAAUGACUUGGAUAAGAAAGGGCCUUCGUCCUCUACAAAGGAUAAGAAAGAACAGAUUCCAGCAGUCUCUAGUCAAGCAAAAGUAGACACGAAGGAUCAAGAGAGGUGACAUCAACAAAAUUUAUUGAAUUGUUUGAUGGCAUUCCAAAGUUGGUAUAUUUGUUUCAAAUCUGUUUUCUCUAGAGGCUGGUAAAAUGCUGUUGUACAUUGUUGUGAUAAUAGGAAUGAUUCUCGUCUACUUUCAAAAAACAGAAGGGUAAUGAUUCUUGUCAUUGUUCUCAAGUAUUAAAAUUUUAAUUGCCUGGUGUUUUUGUCUUUUUGGGCUGCCUUUUGGCAAAACGUAACUGGGAUCUGAUCAAUUGAUCAAUAACUUCGAUCAUGAUAAGUGUUUGAGCUUAUGAAGA